AUGCGGUGUGCAAUCGUUUCGUUCUUGUUUUGCCUGUCCACGUGUCACAUUGUCCAGCAGGAAAGCUCAGACCAAUGUUUCGUUGGUGACCAGUCGCAACAGUUCCUUUCGAUCGUCCUGAGCAACAUUAGCAGCAAGAAUACGAACUUAGAGGAGUCGACUACCGAAACUGUGACGUCCUCGUCUCUCGACAAAUGCAUCGUGCAUGACUGCAUGCCGCUGAAGCGGCGCCGGUGUGACGACCACUGGAACAGUACGGUACACAUCCUGAACGCCACCGAGUUUUCAGCAUUGCUAAAAUCACGAAAGACGGUUGUCACCGACAAUUGGUGCAUGAUAGUCAUGUUCUUCGCUCCGUCGUGCCCAUUUUCAGCCAUAUUGGCAUCAGCGUUCAAUCUGCUCCCCUACGCGUUCCCUUGUCUUCACGCCGUAGCCGUCGACGCCACUCACUAUUCACGGUUGAACCUAAUAUACGGCGUGGCUGGCACUCCGACUGUCAUUUUAUUUCACAACGCGAAGCCGGUGACCAGAUACGACAUGGAAAAUUUGGACUUUCUUCAUCUCGUACAGUUCGUCGAAGCCAGUACUAACCUUAACGCAGUGGCCAUAAGAGAUGCUGAACUUAAGCAGAAGGGACCUCUUCGUACCGAGCCUCUGAGGAGUGUGAAUUACAAUCUUAUAGGCUCUUGGAUAUUUAUCUUGGUUUGUUUUUGUUAUUUUCUUGCAAAGUCUGAGUUUUCGAAACGCGGUUGGUUGGUGCUGAAACGACUCUUGAAAAACCAGUACGUGAGCCGCGCUUGA